AUGUACUACUCCAUUGCGGGAGAGGCGCACGAUGUUAACCUAUCUGACCAACGCCUUCUGGACCUUGGGAUUAGACCCAAAUUCCGCCGUGAGAUGUCUCUGUUCGGAGUGCUUGGGAUAUCAUUCUGUGCCAUCGGCAUUCUGAAUGGAAUGAGCAGCGCCAUUCAGACAGGGUUGUUCUCUGGAGGCCCACUUGGCCUGUUCUGGGGAUGGAAUAUAUGCAGUUUCUUUAUGCUUCUAAUUGCGUUCAGUUUUGCAGAGAUUUGCAGUGCAUACCCAACAAUGGGAGGACUCUACUUCUGGGUUUGCAAAAUGAAACCAGACCUCAAUGAAUCAGUCUUUACUGGCUGGCUUUAUUCCAUGGCGAUGGUAUUUACCGGUGUCUCCGCUAAUUUAAGUGUCGCUUUAUACCUUUCAUCCAUGGCAGAAGUCGGACAAGGAAGAACUCUAACGAGAAGUAGAAAUCGCUGCGAUCGCAUGGGCCGACAUAUGAGCACGUUAUUUGUCUGGUGGACACUCGGAGGCACAGUUGUUUUGGUUACCACCCUGCUUGUAAAAGCACCUAUGAAGAAUUCUGCCGACUUCGUGUUCACGAAUGUUCAAAACUUCACUGGCUGGCAAUCUAGAGGCUUUGUUGUGCUUCUUGGGUUUCUUCAGGCUGUAUACACACUCGAGGGGUGCGAAACAGCAGCUCAAGUGGCAGAAGAAGCUGUGCGAGCAGAGAUCCUGGCUCCACUCGCUGUAGUUGGCAGCAUCGCUGGCUCUUGGUUGAUCGGUCUCGCGUAUUUGCUUGCGCUUCUUUUCGCAGUUCAGGACAUCGCUUCUGUUCAGGCCACCACAUUUGCCAUCCCAAUUGCUCAACUCUUCUAUGAUGCAGUCGGGCCCCAGUUGACACAACUGUGUCUGAUUGUUAUAAUGGUUUCUCAAGUGAUGGCCGCAAUCACGACAUUUACCGCAAGUUCGAGACUAUUCUAUGCGCUCGCAAGAGACAAUGCGUUCCCGUUGAAAAAACAAUUUUUGACCUUGAACCGGUUUCAAGCGCCAUACUGGGGUGUGUGGACUAGCGUCUUGAUAGGAUGCAUCAUAUCAUGUGCCUACAUCGGGUCUGCGAUUGCAUUCAACGCCAUCUUAUCAUCAGCAGCCAUAUCAGUGAUGUUGAGCUACUUGCAGCCCAUCAUUAUCCGUGUGUUCUGGCCUGACUCAAUUCAAGACUUUGGACCUUUUCGCCUCGGAAAGUGGUCAUGGCCAGUGAAUUUUGCCAGUUUCUUGUUCACCAUUUUUGUCUGCAUUUUAUUCAUUCUACCUACGGCAUACCCGGCGGACGUCCUCAACAUGAACUACUCAAUUGUUGCUGUGGGCGGUCUUCUGGUUGUGAUCACGAUCAACUGGUUUUGGUGGGGAAGGCAUAGUUUUAAAGGCCUUGUAAAAACGGUCACAAUCUAA